CUAAUAAGUCUUGUUUUUGAUGAAGGAGCCGAGACAGCCAUUCAGUAGAAAGGCGGGUUCGUGUUUGUGGAAACAAACAAUAAAAAGCAGAAAGUCAACAACGUUGUAAGAUUAGUUAUUAGGGGUGAUAAGGCAUACUACGCAAUUCUGGCUUAGGCAAGUUCGUUUUCUGCGUUCACCAUGGCAGAUCAAGUUGAAAUUGAGUUUAAAAAAGAAACGAUAAGCAAACUUCUGGCUAAAUCAUUCAAAGACAGCAAAACUAAAGUGAGUGGCGAUGCUGUCAUCCUGAUGUGUGAGAUCUUAAAAGUUUUUGUUGAAGAGGCUUCUCGAAGAGCCAUAAAACAGGCCACUGCUGAAGACAGUGAGCAAGUGGAUGUUGAGCAUUUUGAGAAGGUCCUGCCUCAGCUGCUCCUUGAUUUUUAGCCUGGCUGGCACAUUUUCACUGAAGGGCCACUAGGUGGAGAUGUUCCGUUACAGUCGGUCCUCUUGUCUGAAGACAGACACAGACCUCUACCGCUGAGUGGACGACUGCCAAACAUAUUUAUGUUAGUUAGAGCAGGCUGUUAAAAAUAGGUAAAAGGCAUCUGGUUUUUGAGUCAUAGACAUUUGUAUUCCAAUUAAUUGUCAAAGCUCAUGAGGAUUUAACGGCCAGCCACAGUAGGAUAUGGAAAACACAUACACACACAACAUUUAGGGAAUGCAAAACUUUGUGGAAAGAGUGAUUUUUAUAAGCUUUCUGUCAGUUAAAUUUAUCCAUCAUCACAUAGAUGAAAUUUAUACAACAUAAACUUAGAAGUAAUUAUGAGAACUAUUAAGCAUAUUUCUUCUGCCCUCUGAUCAUAUGUCCCCACUCAGAUCCUUUCCCUCAAACUUCAAAGUAUGAUGCAGACAGUAUCCAUAGCUACAAGAAAUAGUCCAACCCACACAUAAAAGAAGGGUUGCAACAGAUGUAAUUCUAAAGCAUCAGUCAUGAUUAAGGCACUGGUUUUUAACUGCAUUAUAUGAGUAUUAUACACAACUGUAUGUAUAUUCAACAUGUUAGGUUUGUUAAUGGUGUUGUUGUGGAGAGAAGAGUACUCUUAAGUUGAAAAAUGAUAAGCUUAUUUAAACAAAUAAAUGAUAACAUAAAACAGA